AUGUCGUUACCCGUUAAUCAUAGUCAUCUCACGUCGCAUCGUUCACGGUACGACCCACAAUUGGAUUUGAGCCAAGAUUUUGGGAACAACUCCACCUCUACGGCUAUCCGCGAAUGUCCAUCGUCGACGUUCCUGGACGUAACUCCGGGAAAAAAACCUGCUUUUCGUCUACAAAGUCCCAGUAUACAGCCAACCAGUCAUCCUAACACGCUGCCAAUGGCUGCCAAACCUGUUGAUGUCAAUGGACUGUCGUCAUCGCGUGGUCGUCGACGAUACACUCAAGGCAGUUCGAGAUCGAAAACGAUCGAGUUGGGCACGUUAUCCGAGGUUGAAGAGGAUAUCUAUCACAAUAAGGAAGGAUAUGAAGCACCUAAUGAUAAGGUGACAACAGCGGCACACGACAAUAACGGCACAAUACGCCGACCCACUAACGGAACGGUACGGAGUAUAGCCAGACAUUUGAGCGAGCGACAAAAAGUCGAGAGAGCAAGAGCUCCAGCAGGAGCAGCAGCUACGGGCCCAGCCACACUUCACCACCAGCAUGCCGAGCAUGAUUGUCCCGGGGUCAGCCAUGAGGAGGUUCAGUCAGCUGUGAAAUUUCGACAACCUCCCUGUAUUCACUUAGAUCAAAGAGCUAUUCGAUGCUUUUCGGAGCGCAAUGAAUUGAGAGGGCCGUUAGCGAAAUGGAGCCCGACGCCAAUGAUGCAUCAUUUCGACGAGAAAUGCAAUCCUAUACCGCAUCCUUCAAUGUCUGAGUUUCAUCCCCGUGCUAUAUCGUCCGUGUCGAGGACCCCCUCAGUGCACGCAGUUCGCAGCAUCUCACGAUCCUCGUCGAUGGCCGGCGGCCUUCUGGUCUACGAUCCUCGUUCGAUGUCGUUGAUGGAUCCUCGUCUGGCAGCAGCAGCGGCGGCGGCGGCGGCUGAGGUACAAAUCCCGGAUUAUUCGGUUCCGCUAUGGUAUCCGUUGCCAACGCCACAACCACCGCCGAUUUAUAUUCCGCUCGGACCACCGGUGAUGCCGUUACCGCCAAAAAUGCUGAAACCACCGAAAAAUCCGUCGAUCUGUGCCGAAAUGUGUUGUGGUGGGCUGGCGCAAAUGUUGUGGACGUUAAUUUGUAUUGUUCUACUAGGAGUUGUUGGUGUUCUCAUUACGGCUUUACUAUAUUUGUGA